AUGGCUGAAACAUUAACAAACAUUGCUGUUGAAGUGGGGGAGCCGCUUGUGACAACAGGAUGGAAAGGCCAGACGUUUGAAGUUAAUUUGCAGAAAAUCUGGCUUAGUUUAAGGGAUGAUAAAGUUUUAGGUAAUGUGUAUUGGAUCGCUGUUUCACAGGAGUUUAGCACUCACAAAUUGCAAAACGACAUUGCCAAAACCUUUGAUCUAGAUAUUUCAAAUGAAGAUGAUGAAAAGAAGAGGGCAGCCAAAUUGUCACUGGCAUUUAGGAGAAAGAAGAAAUUUGUACUCUUACUCGAUAAUUUAUGGAAUGGUAUUGCUACAGAGAAGAUUGGAAUUUCUCCUGAAAUGGAUGGAUUCAAGUUGAUCAUAACGAGUGCAACACUAGAGUACCUUGCUCCUGAGGUGCUGGAACUGGCUGGGAAUGCAGCAAGGGACAACAAGAAAACUAGAAUUGUUCCAAGACACAUUCAGUUGGCUGUAAGGAACGAUGAACAACUAAGCAAGCUUCUCGGAGAUGUGACCAUUGCUAAUGGAGGAGUGAUGCCAAACAUUCACAACCUUCUGCUUCCGAAGAAGACUGGUGGUUCAUCAAAGCCCUCAGUUGAUGAGGAUUAG